AUGGUACCUAGCAUUGUCCAAUCUGACGACAUGGAUCAAAUGGAAAUCCCCUUUCCAGCACACCGGGAGCGCCAGGAGGGUUCUCCUCCUCCCUUCCAAGAUCCUCUGGCUCUUCUUCGCAGUCUUCCUGAGCCUCCGCUGGAAUGUCAAGUAUGUGUUGUUGGCGCAGGACCUGCCGGUCUAAUGUUGGCCACAAACCUGACCAGAUUCGGCAUUAACGUUGAGGUGAUCGAUGAUCGAGCCGAUCAGACGCCCGUGGGAAGAGCCGACGGCCUUCAGCCGAAGACGAUCGAAACCUUUAGACAAAUGCGACUAUCAGAUACUUUGUUAAAACAAGGUGUUCGUGUCUUCGAUAUCGCAUUCUGGCGUAGCACCGCAGACGAACCUCUUCGUCGACUUGGCCGCGAAGUACAUUAUCCCCCUAUUAUCGAUGUUCUCGACCCCUACAUUCUUCUGGUCCAUCAAGGUAUGGUUGAAGGGCUGUUUCUUGAGGACAUGAAAAAGCGCGGCAAGGAGGUCCGUCGAAACAUGGCUUUUGAGUCGUACAGCGUCCCUGACAACAAGACUGGUCCCCUUCAAGUCAACUGCCGUGCCAAUGUCAAUCAAGACAAGCGUUCGGUUCUGACUCAAUACCUGAUUGGAUGUGAUGGUGCACACUCCAAGGUUCGCAAGAGUAUCCCAGAUGUCAAGGCUGUCGGCAUGUCUCAGGCUGCUAUUUGGGGCGUUCUCGAUGGCGAACUGAUUACUGACUUCCCCGAUAUUUGGUCCAAGACGCUCGUCUACUCACAAGAGCACGGUUCAAUUCUCAUCAUUCCUCGAGAGAGGAAUAUGACUCGUUUCUAUAUUGAGCUGAAGGCUGGUGCCAAAUUUGAUCGCCGCGAUCUGGGUCAGGAGUUCAUGAUGAAGCGCGCGAAGAAGAUUAUGGCACCGUUCCGCUUGGACUGGAAGUACGUUGAGUGGUUCGGCCGUUAUCAGGUUGGUCAGAGGGUUGCUAGUCGCUUCACUGAUGGCCACCUGAGGGCGUUCCUGGCUGGUGAUGCCAGUCACACCCACUCUCCCAAGUCAGCACAGGGUAUGAACACCUCGAUGCACGACUCAUGGAAUUUGUCGUGGAAGUUGAACCUUGCGGUUCGAGGCUUGGCCAAGCCAAAUCUGCUGGAGAGUUACGAAGAGGAGCGGCGCAAGAUUGCCCUGGACUUGGUUAACUUUGACUAUGAGCAUGCGAACCAGAUUGCUGGUGGCGACGCCAUUGCCCUCGCCGAGAACUUCAGGACCAAUGUCCGUUUCAUUUCCGGAAUUGGUGCUGAAUAUGGUGAGAAUGCUAUCAACAGACCAGGAAUUGGAAACAACCAGUUUGUCAUGGGAGACGCCAAGCCAGGUUGCCUUCUGCCUCCUGCUAAGGUUACUCGAUAUAUCGAUUCCAACCCUGUGGAUAUCCAGCUUGACAUUCCUAUGCUCGGUCAGUUCCGAAUCUACCUUCUUAUGUGGGAUGUUCAACAAUCAGCACCUUUCCUGCAAACUUUUUGCCAUGCUAUUGCAGGUACAGACUCCUUCAUCAGCCGUCUAUCUGCUGCAGCUAGCGCUUCUUAUGCUUCGCAACCCCGAACAUCAGCUCCUGAGGAUGUUUAUUCCCGACCUGAGCGAUACACUGUUGUCAGCCACCUCUUCACUUUUGGUCUUAUCACCACCAUGCCCAAGACAGAAAUCGAGAUCUCAGACCUCCCACCUCUUCUGCAAGACAGCCGCUGGACUUUCUACCUUGACGACAUUCCCGAUCAGGACACCCGUGGGUCGCUAUGCACUAACAAAUGGCUCGGCAGCCUGGGACCUGGCGAGGUGGCCAUCAUUAAUGUUCGUCCCGAUGGUUAUGUUGGCUCGAUAGGUCGCUGGGACUCCAGCCUCGAUGAGUCUGGUGUUCAAGCGGCUCGAUGGCUCGAUGAGUAUUAUGACGGAUUCAUGAAACUUCCAACUCAGUAA